UUGCUAACUCUCGUGCAAAAAAAAAGCAUGAAAUGCAAAAACGGAUGUAGCGGAACUUGCAACGCCUCAAUCAAACGCGAGCGGAAUGAUGACCACAUCCCGAAUAUCGACGGAGAGGGGUGCUACAUGAAGGAGUUGCCCGCCCCACCGGAAACCCAUCCCAGCAUACGGUGGUCGGCUUGCUUGAGCCCCAACGAGCGGGUUUUCUACCACCAAACGCUGAGUUCGGCCAGGCGGGCUGCCAAGUUCGUUACGACGGGCCCCAUACCGCACGACUCUUUGGACAUCAACCUAGCGUCGCAGUACAACCACUCGGAUGAGCUGUUCAAAGGCAAGAACGACGUCGUCAUACAGGAGGAAACCAUCGGGCAGGCUACCUUUCGGCGGCUCCGCAAUACCCGGGAUCUGAGUCCGGAGAAGAUCAUCCCCCUCAAACACCCGCUGCAAAUCGGAGGACUACAGGAGAAAGCUUCGCCCAACACGGUCAAGCUGAUGAACACCGGACCGCACACCCCGUUGACCAAUCCGGGCUACUCGCGCCAAACUGGAGACGGAAACUUCUUCAACUAUUAGGAACUUGUUCUGCGCAAGGAUUUCGGACCUAGUAAUUCUUCUGCAAAUUUUCGUUGCGACAACGAUGUAAGGAGGAUUGUAUCAUCAAUUUAUUUCGCAGGUUUUUUUUGUAUCUAUUCAUACAGUAGAAUAUUUCUUGGGAUUACGCAUGAAUUGUAGCUUAAAAUUUAUGUUCUUCAUUGAAGUAAAAUUAAAUUUGUGUUCAUUAAAUUAUGUGAGAAAAAAUAUCAUUCUCCAAAGUUCUAAUCUAAUCGGACUUACCGUCUGUUGUUGAUGUUAGUCGGUAUGAUGCAUUUGGAGAGGGAGGGGCUUCCUUGGAUUUGCCAUCGAUGAUUGUGUGAUUCCGUCAGAGUAGUGCGAAGUAACGAAUAGUUGGGAGAUUGGGGCUUAUCUGAAAGUAUAAAACUAAUCUAUGUUUGGAUCUGGUCUGGAACAGGUAGCCGGAACUUAACGAUAAUGUAUCACAGUAACCUAGAAAUAGAAAAGUCUGAAACUCGUGGUACGUAACCCGGCGACUGGAAACAGCUUGCCAGGAGUUCUGGAAACACACCCUCUCUCUUUCCUCAGCUACCAAAGAUUCCCCAACUUCUCCUGCCUCGCGUGCGAUUAACGGCACUCGUUCUCUAAACUGCGAUGGGCUGCCCUGGAUCAAAACCCCCGGGGAAAAACAUCUGGCUCAGCUACACUUUCAAGUGCUCUCUUUCAGUCUGUCUGCUCGCAUGUAUCUCGUUUCGUGUCAGCAUCGCUCAUCGGUACAGACAUGGAAGAAUACUUUGGAGCAAAUAAAUAAAAA